AAAUUUUCAAUACUAAAGGUGACCAGCGAAUGGUCAGACAGAGAAAGAUCAAUAGCUAAGACUUCGCAAUUCGUAAAUGAGAAACAACUUCAGCUGAGGACCAAAUGUAAUCAAUUCGUGACUUCGACAGAGAACUAUGAUGAGUAG